AUGGCCCCGUCUCUGGAUUUGUCGGAUCCGCUUUCUAGGGCUGUUGCGCCACCUCCGAACGAAACCACUGAAGAACGAGAAGCACGGAUGCUGGAGGAGAAGAGAGCGAAGUCCAUCUCAGAUGCCAUUGACGAAGAAAUCGAGGCCCAGCGGGUAGCUGUAAAGAAGGGCCCUAAACCUAUUAAGAUACUUCUUCUGGGCCAAAGUGAAUCGGAUUUUCAACUCAUGUUCGAGCCCAAGGCAUUUCAACUCGAAAAGGCCUCUUGGCGUGCAGUAAUUCAACUCAACCUAGUCCGGUCGUUCCAUGUUAUUAUCGACGCUCUGACUCGUGCUCAGCAACUCGGGGCCGACUUCCAAGAGGGCCAAGAGACGAUUAUUAUCCCUACAGACCUUCUCAAAACGAAGCUGCGUCUAACACCGCUGCUCGCCAUCGAAGACAUUCUUAUCCGCCGUCUUACUCCCGUUGGAUCCGGCGAAAUCGAGGCAACGCAACUAUCUUCUGGCAAAACGUAUACAGAGCGGACGAAACACUACAUCAAGGAGGUCGCUGUCAACUCGGCGAACCAAUGGAAGGACACGUUCAAUCGCCUGGUGCGAGUGGAGGCACAGCGUCAUAGCUUCGAAAGCGUGGAUGGAAUUGAUUGGGACGACCCUAAUGAUCCAGGACGAGUUCUCCAUGAAUGCGCGGAGGACAUGAUCAAACUCUGGGCUGAUCCUAUCACACAGAAGGUUCUACAGAUUCAAGGCAUCCGUAUGCAGGAUGCGGCAGGGUUCUUCCUGGACCAAAUCGAGAGAAUAACAGCCCCUCGCUAUAUCCCUACCGUCGAUGACAUUCUCAGAGCACGAUUGAAGACGCUAGCUGCGUGGGUGCCGUUCUUCGAUGAUAUGGAUACCAUCAUCUUUUUGGCGCCUAUCAGCGGCUUCGACCAGAACCUUGCAGAAGAUCCACGGAUGAAUAGGCUGGCCGACUCUGUAUCUCUUUGGUCGGAACUAACGCGCAACCAGCUGUUGAAAGAGACCAACCUGAUCCUAUUCCUGAACAAGGUCGACAUUUUCAAAGCGAAGCUCGAAGCUGGAAUCAAAUUUGGUGAUCAUGUCGUAUCGUAUGGAGAUCGGCCCAAUACUUUCGAGCACACCACAGCAUGUCCCGCAGUCGCGAUCCGUGUCUGA